UUCCUACGAUUAUAUGGUUUAAGCCGUACACGUACGGAGCAUUUCACGAGCCAUUGAUGCCCAUGGCUGCUUCUUGCCUAGCUACGUUCUUUCUAGUUCUUGCAGGUCUGGUGGGUUGGCGAUCGAGACUGGUGCUGGGUCAGGUUCCACUCGGAUCAAGGUUGUUGGCUGAAGAGAACCAGGCAUGGGUUUCCGACAAUGGAACCUUUGCUUUUGGGUUUACUUCAAUGGAUUCGCCGGAUGAAAUGCAACUAGCGAUUUGGUACGCUGCACUUCCCGGUGAUCGUAUUAUAGCUUGGUCUGCUAACAGGUCAUUUGACUCAGUCAACGAUUUCCUCUCUCCUCUCGAUUUCCUAUCUCUGUAGAAAUUCCCCCGUCGGAAGAGGCGCCGUCCUAGCCCUCGACACCACCGGAAAUCUUGUACUCACCGACCGCCAGUCCCUCGUAUGGACGUCAAACACCUCCGGCAUAGGCGUAAAGUCCGCCGUGAUGUCAGAUUCCGGCAACCUUGUCCUCCGCAACAGCUCCCUCCACGUGCUCUGGCAGAGCUUCUCCCACCCGUCUGACACACUCCUCCCCGGCCAACCGCUAACAGUUUCCUUGGAACUCACCACUGCCACGUCACCCUCCCGCGGUGGCUACUACUCUUUAAAGAUGCUUCAGGAACCUACGUCCCUUAGCCUAGCCCUCACUUACAACUUGCCGGAAUCCAACACCUCAUCGCCGGAAUCCUUAUCCAAUUAUUCAUAUUGGUCGAGCCCGGAGAUUUCCAACGCAACGGGCGAUGUCGUUGCUCUCCUUGAUGAAGGUGGCAACUUCGGCAUCAUGUACGGUGCGUCGCCUGCCGGAACUGUGUAUGUCUACAAGAACGACGGCGGCGACGGUGUGGGAUCCAGCAGCGGAGACCGACUGGUCCUCCGCCGUGUCACGAUCGAGGCAAACGGGAAUUUGCGUCUCUACCGAUGGGAUGGCAGCGUCAAUGGGUCCCGCCAGUGGAUUGCAGACUGGGCAGCAUUGUCAAGCCCGUGUACGAUCGCCGGGAUAUGCGGCAAUGGGAUCUGCAAUUUGGAUGGGAGCAAGAACAAUACCAGCUGUACUUGCCCGCUGGGGAAUUCUACGAAGGGCCCCACCGGCGGCGGAUGUUUGUCGAACUCAAUACCUCCAGUGCCUGGGGACUGCAGCGCUCCGAUAUCUAGAUUCAAGAUCGUGACAUUUCUGCAGACGAAAUACUACUUUUCAGAAUCUUCAGUCAUCGCGAAUUACAGCAGUGGCGUCUUGACGAGCUCUAAAUGUGGGGAAUCUUGCCUCUUUGACUGCGAAUGUGUGGGGUCCAUUUACGGGCUGUUGGAGGAGAAGACGUACUGUUGGACUCUGAGGAGUAUGGUGUUUGGAGGAUUGCAGGAUCCAAGCUCGACCCUCUUCGUGAAGGUCAGAAUCAAUGGCUCGGUGACUACGGUGAUACCAAGAGGAAGGUCCGGCGAUCCCCACUCUAGAGAGUCCGACGGCCAUCGUGAACGGGUUCUAGUAAUUCCCAUCGUUGUCUGCAUUUCUGUUAUCAUUGCUUUUCUCUGCUUCUUAUUGUAUCAGAGUGUAAGCAAAAGGACAGCACAGUGGAAUGCGACCGAUAGCUGUCUUGCAGUACCAGGGGCGCCUCGGAAUUUUGGUUACCGAGAUCUGCAGAUCGCAACCAAUAAUUUCUCUGAAUUACUUGGCACCGGUGGCUUUGGAAGUGUUUAUAAGGGAAGCCUUGGGGAUGGUACACUGGUUGCAGUGAAGAAACUGGAGAGAGUCUUACCCCAUGGGGAGAAGGAAUUCAUUACAGAAGUAAACACCAUUGGCUCCAUGCAUCACAUGAACUUGGUUCACCUCUGCGGGUUCUGCUCUGCGGGGCCACAUAGGCUUUUGGUGUAUGAGUUUACAAGUAAUGGGUCAUUGGAUAAAUGGAUAUUCCCUUCAUAUAUUAACCGUGGCCGGCUACUGGACUGGAAAACUCGCUUUGGAAUUGCUGUUGGCACUGCCCAAGGGAUCGCAUACUUUCAUGAGCAAUGCCGGGAUCGUAUUAUACACUGCGACAUUAAGCCUGAGAAUAUACUCCUGGAUGAGAAUUUCUGUCCAAAGGUUUCAGAUUUUGGACUUGCCAAAUUGAUGGGCAGAGAGCACUCUCAUGUUGUCACCAUGGUUAGAGGCACUAGAGGCUACUUGGCUCCUGAGUGGGUCAGCAAUCGACCUAUCACUGUUAAAGCCGACGUGUACAGCUACGGAAUGCUGCUUCUUGAGAUUAUUGGAGGCCGUAGGAACAUCGACAUGUCUUUGCAGGCAGAAGAUUUCUUCUACCCUGGUUGGGCAUACAAGGAAAUGACUAAUGCAACGCCGAUGAAGGCCGCUGAUAGAAGGCUAAAAGGCGAGGUGGAAGAAGAGGAGCUAGUGAGGGCUAUGAGUGUAGCCUUCUGGUGUAUACAAGAUGAGGUAUGGAUGAGGCCAUCAAUGGGAGAAGUGGUGAAGAUGUUGGAAGGGUCAGCUGAGAUCAAGGCGCCUCCUAUGCCAAAUGCAGUUUUGGAGUUGGUUGAGGAAGGUCUAGACCAUGUGUACAAGACCAUGAAGAGGGAGUUCACCCACAACAGCUCCUCCACGUCCAAUAGCCAUCUUGUUGGAGGGUUGCAUCAUGUCCCCAAGGCCAUGAAGAGGCAGGCCACUCACCAGAGCUCCUUCACAAUCAAUAGCCAUCCAUCAUCACAGGCUACCUGCAGUUACUCAACCAUGUCACCCAGAUAACAAUGGUGGGCUACACUAGGACCUGCAUCGCACAUAUGACUAGAACGAGCAGCGAAACUGACUUUUGGGCUCCGAGCUAUUUGUGGAUGAAUGGAUGGGACUGUCAACUGUAAACUACACAUUCUAAAGGGGAUACGAUCAAAGCAUUGAAUGAAAUUAAAGUAUAUGGACAUUCAUUUUUCAUCAUUUUA